CAGUGAUUCACCAUGCUUGCAAGACUACUACCGGUUCAACUCUCGGCAGGGGCUUUUGAAGCCCAGCACGACAAACGACUCGUAAAGAGUCUUGCACUCACGCUCCGAAGCGUCCUCAGACCAUCCUCGUAAUCGACUGGCCUCUCUGUGCCGUGACUCUCAACCUGGCCAGAGUCUAAACUGUGCUUCUUCUACCACGACCACGUCGCGAGCGCUUCUUGAUCUUGCACCCACAGGCACCUUCCAUUAGACGCGCAAGCGCAGUGUAGUCGGCUAUGACGACCUCAGCCAAUCGGACGAGGGCCAUCUCCCUCUACCGCGGAGUGCUGCAAGCAGCUCGUCAAACCUUUAUGGGUGACCAAGCGACAAAUCAAGCAUGGAGAUCGCACAUGAGAACACACUUUCGAUCCGCAAAGGAAGAACAGGAUGCGGAAAAGUUGGAAAUGUUUUUCAAAGAGGCGGAAGAUAUCGUCAGAGUUCUGAAGAGCAAUGUGGUGCAGGGCGCUUGGAGGGAUGAAAGCCAGGCUUACCGGCUGCGCAUGACUUCGGACACCGAGUUGGGAUCUUACGAAGCGACAAAAGCGGGAAGAGAAGCUCAAAUGGAGGCGCUGCGAGCGGCAAAGGGUACCAUGGACAAAGCGCAGAAGUGCUCAAGCUCAGCAUCGUCCAGCAACUCCUCUCGCACUUCUCGUCGACCCUUUUCCACUUCUUGCUCCUCUCCAUUGCGCGCCCCAGCAACUUCUACCGCGACUUCGUCCUUCGCUCGAGCAUUUUCGACAUCUUCGAGAGCUCUCGAACUGCCUUACAAAAAGGGAUCCGCUCCACCUCUUCCUCGACCCGUGCCCAAAUUCCCAUCCACCAUCAUCCUCUCUGACGGAUCCUCUAUUCGUCUCACCACCACCUCUCCACGUUCUCUGCAGCGUCUAACUCGGGAUCCGACCAAUCAUCCAUUGUGGAAUCCCAGCAUGGAAAGAAGAGGAGGCGCGGGCGACGAAGACGAGAGCGGUCGUCUCAGCAGAUUCAGAAAGAGGUUUCAAAACUUGGAUCAGGCGACGCCUCAGGCAAGCAGUGGCGCUGGUGCUGGUGUCGAAGCUGGAGCUACGGCGCCGGCGCCGGCGCCGGCUCGCAAAAGUCAACAGUGGGACCAGAGCGAUCUGGAAUGGAUGAGCGGCGGCAGAGAGGCCAGAGCGGGAUCUGCAGUUGUGGAGAAAAGGACAAAGGGCAAAAAGUGAAGGAGACGAUCAUGCUGCAGUCCCAAUUUGUUUGUGCCAGGCUUCCCUCGAAGCACAUGCACGUGCACCUUUACAAUGACAUGCUUGCUGUACUCAGCC